AUGAUCAGAAGUCAUAUUUUCGAGUGCUGUAUUAGAGUCUUGGUGUGGUUGCUAUUGAGUUCUAAGUUUAGCCAUGGAGUUCAGUCUGAUAUUGAUUGCUUGAGGAGCAUAAGGGAGUCUCUCCAGGAUCCUUUCAAUUACCUCAGUGCGACAUGGAACUUCAACAACAAUACCGAAGGCUUCAUCUGCAAGUUCACUGGAGUAGACUGCUGGCAUCCAGAUGAGAACAAGGUCUUGAACAUUCACCUCUCGGAUAUGGGUCUCAAAGGCGAGUUCCCACGUGGCCUUCAGAACUGCACAAGCAUAACAGGCCUCGAUCUCUCGAGCAACGAGCUUUCGGGACCUAUCCCUGACAACAUAGCUUCAAUCGUUACCUUCAUAACCAGUCUUGACCUCUCUGGAAACAAGUUAACGGGUUCAAUUCCGUCUAACCUUUCGUUUUGCAGUUACUUGAAUGUGCUGAAACUGGACCAUAACCAGCUAACUGGUCAGAUACCUGGAGAGAUAGGCAAUUUGAACCGGCUCAGGACGUUUAGUGUCGCCAAUAACCAACUGUCUGGUCCUGUCCCGAUCUUUCGCAAUGCAUCCAACACCAUUAAUGCAGAUAGUUAUGCGAAUAAUCCAGGCCUUUGUGGGCCUCCUUUGGAACGAUGCCUUGGUGUCACGAAGAAGUCACACUCCGGAGCUAUUAUCGGAGGAGCUAUUGCCGGGGCAACCGUGGUGGCGAUCGGGGUGGUGAUAUGUUUGCUGCUCUAUCUCCGUAAGGCAGGUGUGAUUAAGAGUAAGAAGGAUGACGAUCCUGAAGGAAAUAAAUGGGCAAGGAGCUUAAAGGGAAUUAAAGGCACAAAGGCAAGUUAUACUAACGCAUAUGUUUCCAUGUUUGAGAAAUCAGUCUCCAAGAUGAAACUGAAUGACCUGUUGAAAGCUACUAACAACUUCCACAAGGAAAACAUCAUUGGUUCUGGGAGAACCGGGACUAUGUACAAAGCCCUUCUUGAAGACGGGACUGCACUCAUGGUUAAGAGGUUACAGGAUUCUCAGCGCUCCGAGAAAGAAUUUUUGUCAGAAAUGGCUACUCUGGGGAGUGUGAAGCAUCCCAACUUGCUCCCACUUUUAGGAUUCUGCAUAGCCAGCAAGGAAAGGCUUGUUGUGUAUGAGAAUAUGGCAAACGGCAGCCUCUACAACUACUUGCAUAGUGAGAAUGAAGACAAAAAACCAAUGGAGUGGACUCUUAGGCUGAAAAUUGGGACAAGGGCUGCAAAGGGAUUCGCCUGGCUCCAUCAUAACUGCAAUCCACGCAUCCUGCACCGAAACAUCAGCUCCAAAUGCAUCAUGUUGGAUGCCAAGUUCGAGCCAAGGAUAUCUGAUUUUGGUCUUGCAAGAUUGAUGAAUCCGAUCGAUACCCAUUUGAGCACGUUCGUGAAUGGAGAGUUUGGUGACCUGGGUUAUGUAGCACCCGAGUACGGUCGAACCCUGAGGGCAACCCCUAAGGGAGAUGUGUAUAGUUUUGGGAUAGUCCUCCUGGAGCUGGUGACAGGUGAGAAGCCUACACAUGUGAGCAGAGCCCGAGAGGAUUUCAGAGGGAAUUUGGUUGACUGGGUAGCUGAGCUAUCCGCGAAAGGCCAACUCCAUGACGCCAUUGAUCAGUCUCUGCUUGGGAAGGGAGUCGAGAAGGAGGUUUUCCAGGUACUGAAAGUCGCUUGCAACUGUGUGGUGGAAGGUCCCAAAGAGAGGCCUACUAUGUUUGAGGUGUACCAGCUGUUGAGAGCAAUUGGGGAGCAGUAUCAGUUCACGGCGGAGGACGAAGUCACAUUGCCUAUUGACGGUGGUGAUGCUGAUUUCAUCGAGGAAUUGAUCGUUGCUCGGGAAGGGAUCCAGAGUAGUUGA